GCUGCAGAGGUGCCUGCAGAGCCCGUCGCUAGCUCCCCCGAAGUUCACUGUGCUUCAGUCACAGCGUUGCUUUUCCCAUACACCCGAACUGAGCACCCAGCUUGGUCUCCCGGCCUUGGUAUCCCCCAGCCCUUGUCUUGCCUGUCUCUGUGUCUGGGCUUGUCUCAGGAUGUUCCAGCUCCUCCCUUUCCAGCUAGGCCGAAACUGCGACAGCUGUCCCUGAAACGUGCAGUGUAGUUUCCACGCCCGCCCCUCUUUAUUCACCUCAACGGGAAGACCAUGUGGAGGUAGCUGGAGGGUUUUGGGGGUAGAAGACAUUUUCCUGUGAUCUCUUGAAGAUAGAGUCUGUUUUCCUUCCAGAAUGUUUGAUGGAUAUGAAGACACAGAAGAUAUUGAAGUGUAUGAAGAUGAACUUUAUCAUGAGGCGUCGUCCAGUGAGCAGAGUGUGGAUAGUGAGGUAGAAUUUCAUCUUUACAGCCAGAUCCACUAUUCCCAAAAUCUUGGAGAAAACAGCAGGCUGGAAAUAAAUGAAGAAGCUGAUAUUGCAGGAAUCGGGGGUCAGAGUUCAGUUUUGACUGAGAAAUUGCAUCAAGACAAGAACACUGUUGAAUGGACUGAUCGUGAUGUCGUUCAGAUUUCAGAUGGCCAUGAGAUCAUCAUCUUGUCUGAUACACCAGAUGAAGACAGUGUUUACAAAAGCAAAGCACAGAAGUCAACAGGCUCUUUAGAUUCAGCAGGGAAAAAAUAUGUCCAUCCAGAAAUUUCCACCCCAAAUCAUGCCAAAGCUGCCGAGUGUAAUACCCUGGAUCCGGCUGAAUCGGUCACAAAAGUUUCAAGUCAAAGGAAAAGGGCUAGUGGGAAGCUUAACUCAGUUACUUCUGCUGGAACUCAUGUGAAGCAAAAGGUGAUGGUAAUAGAUGAUAGCUCAAAUGAGGAGGAGGAGAGCUUGCUCUCUGAAAGUGAUAAUGUGGAGAGCUGGAUGCUUUUAGGAUGCAGCGCAGAUGACAAAGAUGAAGAUAUCAUUUUGAACCUUGAAGGCUGUGGAACGUCUGUCAGUGAAGGAGAAGCUGAUGUGGACUGGUCCAUCAGUAAUAAAGAUUUGGAGGCCCAGAUCUGUAACUAUGCAACUGUGAGACGUUCAAGUGUCCGAUACUACACAGCCGAUAAAAACGUUACCUGUAGAAAUUGCAGUAGACCAGGUCAUUUGUCCAAAAACUGUCCUAUUCCAAAGAAGAUUCCCCCUUGUUGUUUGUGUGCAGAAAGAGGUCAUCUACAAAACACUUGCCCAGCACGGUUUUGUUUGAACUGCUGCUUGCCAGGACACUAUUCUAAGGAGUGUCUUGAGAGAGCCUAUUGGAAUAAACACUGUAACCGCUGCGAUAUGAAAGGGCAUUAUGCGGAUGCUUGCCCAGAAAUAUGGAGGCAGUAUCACCUAACAACAAAACCAGGACCAAUAAAGAUGGCUAGUUCUCACUCCGAGCACUCUGCUUUAGUGUACUGCUACAACUGUUCCCGCGAAGGACAUUUUGGAUACGAGUGCUCAGAGAGGCGGAUGCAUGGGAGUAUGUUCCCUACUUCUCCAUUCAUCUACUACUAUGAUGACGAAUAUGACAUCAAGAGGAGAGCUAACAGACUAAAAAGAAAGGUUGCAGAACUACAAGAGGCUGGCCUUUUGCCAGUACAGUUAGAGAGCCCGUGGAAGGAAGAAAAGCAUGUGGAACACAGCCAUAAGAAAAAGAAAAAGCCCUGGAAAGAACACAGUAAACAUCAUAAAGAUGACAAGUGUCACAAAAAGACUAAGAAGAAGUCUCGAGCAGACAAACCCAGAGCAAAGAAGCACAGAAACGAUGCUGAAAGGGGGCAUGCAGUGGAGGAGGACUUUCCUAGAGGGUGUAAAAAACAGACAUCAAAGGGUGGCAAAAAGUGUCAGAGGUCAGUUCUCCAGGCACAUGGAAGCAAGAUGGAAUAUGCCCAGGAGCUUUUGGAAGCUGCUAAAAGAAAGAAGAAAAGGAAAAAGCAGAAAGACAGUAGUCUCAAUAUCGAUGAGAAUUUAUUCCUUAUAAAACAGAGGAAAAAGAAAUCUAAACAGAAAUCCAUCUGCUAAUGGGGAAGUAGACAGCCUGCCAUGUUAUUUACUAGCUCUGCCUAUUGUUUAUUUUUAUCCCUCUUUAACACAUACGACUUUGAUUCGAUUUCUGAAUCCAGACUGGCAUGCCUAAGCACCAGUCUUAAAUGAACUUCUGUCUCUUUUUCCAAAAGAGUAUUCAUGAACAUGGCAUUGUGCACUUGAUAGGAAGUAUUUAAUGUCCGUGGGUGGAAUGACUACAUCUUUUUGGCAAUUCCAGGUUAGGCUGUAAGUUUAUUUUGUUUUCUUAUAGUAGGGGAGGGGGCCUUUGUUGGGUUUCAUAGGGUUGUAUUCCUUAACUGGUGAGAUGUUCCUUUACCUAUCAAAGUGGGAACUGCUGUUGGGUAAUUGUGAUUCCUUUGCAGCUGAGAUUAGAGAAGGACUUUCGCAUUAGAAGGAGUCAGGAUGGAGGAAAAGGAAUGUUGAUCUAAAAUACAUUCUGCUCAGUUACUCAGCCCUCUCUGGAGUGCCGGAAGCACUUUUUCAUGUCUCUCCCUCUUGGAGGGUGUCGUGAAUUUGUUAUCUUGCACUUUAGGACAUGGUAGUCUUUUACCUUGCAACCUGAUGUGGUAGCAUGGAUCAUUGCUACACCUUUCAGUAUCAAGUGCAGGUGAGCUCUGAGGAAGCCCCGUCCUUGUCUUUGCUCACUAGCAAACACAGCAGGAGAAAUCAGUUAAGAAAAUGGAGCAGACACUCUAGUUUACAUCUUGAAUUAAAUACGUCUAUUUUCCAUGGUGUGGAAGUUGUUUUUGAAGAAGAGAACUACGUAGCAAUAUAGCAGAACAUGAAAAAACUAUCUGAUUCCAGGCAUACUGUGCUAAAAUUUAGUAAUUUAAUUUUUUUAAAGACAGUUAUUUUUGUACUCUGGGGAUAAACAAUUAUGUUGUUAAAAGCUUUUUAAGAAUAAAUGCUUGAUCAAAGGAACAGCCCAAAUAAAACUUCAUUUUAGGGAGGUCCAAAACUACAGGUUUGUUCUACAUUUUCUUGCAUUGUGAGGCAGAAUUACCAAAGAAGACACUGCUCUUCUGUCUUGUGUUGAAACUACAUCAACUCUGACAAGAGGUUUUCUGUUUUUGAAUAGGACAUGGAUUAUACUAUAAAUACAUUUUAUAGAAUGUAGUCUAUGCUAUAAAUGCUUUUGGUACAAUAGAGAUAGUAACUAGCAGCACAUUUUCAUAAAGCCACAUGUCCUCUGUUAAUUCUUCCUCAGAAAAUGGCUUUAGCUACUACUGUAUGUUGAAAUUGGAAAGUGUUUGUAACCUGUGCAACUACAAGUAUGUAGUUCUCUGGGGGAGAAACCAGCAGAGUGGCUUUUCUACCUCCAGUGAUAACUAGGAAGCAUGUUACUACAAAAACAGGAAAAGGAGAACUCCCCUAACCUGUGGAUA